ACCUAUAUAUUUGGUUACUAGGAACUGGUUUUGGUUCAUAAAAAAUUGUAUUGCAGUCAUGGGGACUUACAAUCAUUAUGUAAUUGUUAAGUUCAAGGAUGGUGUCAAAGUUGAAGAACUCAUCCAAGAUUUGGAGAAGAUGGUUUCUGGGAUUGACCAUGUCAAGUCCUUUGAAUGGGGGAAAGACAUUGAAAGCCAUGACAUGCUGAGACAAGGUUUUACUCAUGCCUUUUUGAUGACAUUCAAUGAGAAAGAGGCUUUGAAUGCAUUUGAGGUUCACCCUAAUCAUGUUGAGUUCUCCAAGGUAUUUUCACCUGCUCUUGAGAAGAUUGUGGUGAUGGAUUUCCCAUCUAUUACUGUCAAAGCACCAGCAUGAACUUGAAGACAUUCAAGCAAUUAAAGUUUUCAUGUUUGAAGAGUAUGCAUAUCUGUGUGUGUGUGAAUCAAGUAUAUUUAGUUUGUUGCUGCUAGUUUUCAAGAACUUUGAACUUGAAAUGAUCUUCUAUUUUCCAAUUAAUGGGAUGUUCUACUUAUUGCUAUUUAUUAAUAUACUAAGUAUUUGUCUUAA